AUGCCAAGAUCUGAAUCCACUGCAAUGGACAGCUCUUGUCAGGCCUUGUGCCGCACCUUAGUCUCUCAAAACGGCCUUCAGCCAGAGAACGUGGACAUUUCACAGUCUGUACUAUACACGUCCAUCAUGGGACUCCUGCUGGUGACGGACAAAGAGAGAGAGCUGCAAUUGGGAAAUGGACAAGUUGGACUGCGUAACAUUGGAAAUACUUGUUUCCUCAAUGCCAUCGUGCAGUGUCUCUCCCACACUCGUAGUCUUCGGGACUACUGUCUGAUGAAAGCUUUCCUUCAGGACAAGCACUCCAACCAAGAACCUGUGCUUAUGAAUGAAUUCUCUAAAGUUUUGUCUGGCCUGUGGGAAUGUGAUGGUGGGGAAACCACAGUGAAUCCUGGGAAGUUUUAUCGCGUCUUUAAAGAGUCUGUGCCUUACUUCAGUGGUUAUAGUCAGCAGGAUGCUCAGGAGUUCUUGCGGUUCCUCCUGGACAGGCUACAUACAGAAAUUAACCGUCGUCCAUCCAAACGUCCUACAGUUAUUGAAAUUAAGGAACCAACAUACACACGAUUCAGGAUUUCAGAGGAAGCCUUUGCAAUGUGGCAGAGGCAUCUUGACAGGGAUGACAGUAAAAUUGUUGAUUUGUUCUCUGGUCAGCUGCGCAGUUCCUUGCACUGUUCAGUCUGCUCCCAUUACUCCAACACCUUUGAUGUGUUUUGUGACCUGUCACUCCCCAUCCCAAAGAAGAGUGAUUAUGGCCGAACUGUCACUCUGAGAGAUUGUCUAGACCUCUUUUCCCAAGAGGAAAAACUUGAUAAAGAAAACUCGCCGAUGUGUGAGCGGUGUAACCGUCGCACUGAGAGCACAAAAAGACUGACCAUCCAGAGGUUUCCUAGAAUCCUGGUAAUACACUUAAAUCGAUUUACCAUGUCAAGGUACUCAAUCUCUAAAAGCACAGUGUUCGUUUCCUUCCCCCUGACCGGGCUGGAUUUAGGGCCAUUUGGACCUGUUGACUGUGGGCCAGUGCUGUAUGAUCUGUAUGCAGUGUGCAAUCAUUCGGGCACGGUAAAUAUGGGUCACUACACAGCCGCAUGUCGAGAGGAGGAGGGCUGGUGCUACUAUAAUGACUCAUGUGUUGAUGCAAUAUCAGAGGAGAAGCUUCAGUCCAAUCAAGCAUAUGUUCUCUUCUAUGAGCUCCAAAGCUGCAAUAUCACCAGAAAAUGAGGGCAGAGAAUGUAUGUUGCUAUGAGAGACUUCAAUGAUUAUUUGGCAAACUUCCACUGGAAAAAAGUUGCACUGUGAUAUGGUUUAAAAAGCUAAUGAGCAAGUCUGGUCAUUUUAAUUCAUUGUUAAAUUUCAUUAUUAAAGCCAUGUUAUUGAGGUAUUUUUUUACUACUGUAAAUAAUGUUUGUAUUAACUUAUUAACUUAAUGUUCAUUCUUUUAGACAAAAAAAUGUAUGUUGUAAAAAAAUCUGUAGAUGUGUAUGGACUUGUUUGCAUCAAAAUUGUUUUUGUUUUAAUUUUCUUGCAUGUUCUUAUUCUGCAGUUAAAAUCUGAAUUUUGUUUUAAUGUUGUUUAAUUACGCAGGGCUAAACUAAACAAGGGAUUUGUCUGGCUUAACAUAUAUGAGGACUUCCAUCAUAUAAAAGCUCUUGUGAUUCAUGCAAUGACGUAAAAUACCGUGCCAUAAAUGAAUUCCUCCAAUUUAAGUUUAGUCUAUAGGUUGAUUAUAGCCAUGUAUUAGAUAUAGUUUUAAACUUACUUUGAUUUAACAUAUAUUCACUGCAUAUAUGUGUUAAAAACCUUUAAUGUUUGUUUUAGUUUAAAUGUAGAAGA